UACACCAGUAGCCAGGUGUGGGCAGUGAUACAGGGCUCGAGGGAUCUCUUACUGGCCCAGGGAUCCAAGGCAUUCAGUGCAAAACCUGGCCAGCAGCCCGAGUGAGUAGAAGCCAUGUGACUCUGGUGAGUUGGAGUGUGCAAUUGCCUCCUGCUUCAGAGCUACCUGAUCCGAAUACUAAGCAGAGCGAGUGCUGUGCUGAGUGUAAGGCACUGAAGACACUGCAGAGCAAGGUGCUUAUUCCAGACGCGUUACAAAACAUGGAGAUUAAAGACCAGGGAGCCCAAAUGGAGCCGCUGCUGCCUACGACUUUGCAGAUCUUCAGGCAACAUCUUUCUCAGCAUGGAGCUGCUGAUGUUACUGUGUUCAAGGAGUGAAGAGAAAAAAACCCACAGUAUUUUCUUGACGCAAUAGAGAUGCCAAACGCUAGCUUCCAGCCAUCCAUCAGCGCUGUCACAGCUCACGAGGGCAGAAAUCCCCUCCCUGCACCAAAGCUUGCUGAGGGGCUGUCGCUUAGCACUCCAGUUGCUCAGAGAAAUGAUGAAGAGGCAGUUGUGGAUAGAGGUGGAACUCGCUCUAUUCUCAAAACACACUUUGAGAAAGAGGAUUUAGAAGGUCAUCGAACACUAUUUAUUGGAGUUCAUGUGCCCCUGGGAGGAAGAAAAAGCCAUCGACGUCACAGGCAUCGUGGUCAUAAACACAGAAAGAGAGACAGAGAAAAAGACUCAGGAUUAGAGGAUGGAAGGGAGUCACCUUCAUUCGAUACCCCGUCGCAGCGAGUACAGUUCAUUCUGGGAACUGAGGAUGAUGACGAAGAACACAUUCCUCAUGACCUUUUCACAGAAUUGGAUGAGAUUUGUUGGCGUGAAGGUGAGGAUGCUGAGUGGCGAGAAACAGCAAGGUGGUUGAAGUUUGAAGAAGAUGUGGAAGAUGGAGGAGAAAGGUGGAGCAAGCCUUAUGUGGCCACUCUUUCCUUGCACAGCUUGUUUGAGUUGAGAAGUUGUACUCUGAAUGGAACUGUGUUGCUGGACAUGCAUGCCAACACCUUAGAAGAAAUCGCAGAUAUGGUGCUUGACCAACAAGUGAGCUCAGGUCAGCUGAAUGAAGAUGUGCGCCACAGAGUCCAUGAGGCACUGAUGAAACAGCAUCACCACCAGAAUCAGAAAAAACUCACCAACAGGAUUCCCAUUGUCCGCUCCUUUGCUGAUAUUGGCAAGAAACAGUCAGAACCAAAUUCCAUGGAUAAGAAUGCAGGUCAGGUUGUCUCUCCUCAGUCUGCUCCAGCCAGUGUUGAAAACAAAAAUGAUGUUAGCAGAGAAAACAGCACUGUUGAUUUUAGCAAGGGACUGGGAGGCCAACAAAAGGGGCAAACUAGUCCAUGUGGGAUGAAACAAAGGCAUGAAAAAGGACCUCCACACCAGCAAGAGAGAGAGGUCGAUCUACAUUUUAUGAAAAAAAUUCCUCCAGGUGCUGAAGCGUCAAACAUCUUAGUGGGAGAAUUGGAGUUCUUGGAUAGAACUGUAGUGGCGUUUGUCAGGUUGUCGCCAGCUGUCUUGCUUCAAGGACUGGCUGAAGUCCCAAUUCCAACCAGAUUUUUGUUCAUUCUUCUGGGACCCCUAGGAAAGGGUCAACAGUACCAUGAGAUUGGCAGAUCAAUUGCAACCCUAAUGACAGAUGAGGUAUUUCAUGAUGUUGCUUACAAAGCUAAAGAUCGUAAUGACCUGGUAUCAGGAAUUGACGAAUUUCUGGAUCAGGUUACUGUUCUCCCUCCUGGAGAAUGGGACCCAAGCAUUAGAAUAGAGCCGCCCAAAAAUGUUCCUUCCCAGGAGAAGAGGAAAAUUCCUGCUGUACCAAAUGGAACAGCAGCUCAUGGAGAAGCUGAACCUCACGGAGGACAUAGUGGACCUGAACUUCAGCGAACAGGAAGGAUUUUUGGGGGACUUAUUUUAGAUAUCAAAAGAAAAGCUCCAUACUUCUGGAGUGACUUCAGAGAUGCUUUCAGCCUGCAGUGCUUAGCAUCUUUCCUAUUUCUCUACUGCGCAUGUAUGUCUCCUGUCAUCACAUUUGGAGGACUGCUGGGAGAGGCAACUGAAGGUCGUAUAAGUGCAAUCGAAUCUCUCUUUGGAGCAUCCAUGACCGGCAUUGCCUAUUCCCUCUUUGGCGGACAGCCACUUACCAUAUUGGGAAGUACAGGACCAGUUUUGGUGUUUGAAAAGAUUUUGUUUAAAUUUUGCAAGGAAUAUGGGCUGUCAUACCUAUCUUUAAGAGCUAGUAUUGGACUGUGGACAGCAACACUGUGUAUCAUACUUGUAGCCACUGAUGCAAGUUCUCUUGUCUGCUAUAUCACCCGGUUUACUGAAGAAGCUUUUGCUUCCCUUAUUUGCAUUAUUUUCAUUUAUGAGGCUCUGGAGAAAUUGUUUGAACUUAGUGAAGCAUACCCAGUCAACAUGCAUAAUGAUUUGGAACUGCUGACUCAAUAUUCAUGUAACUGUGUGGAACCACAUAAUCCCAGCAACGACACUUUGAAAGAAUGGAGGGAGUCCAAUAUUUCAGCCUCUGACAUUAUUUGGGAGAACCUAACUGUGUCAGAGUGCAAAUCACUGCACGGGGAGUACGUCGGCCGAGCCUGCGGCCAUGACCACCCCUACGUCCCAGACGUCCUGUUCUGGUCGGUGAUCUUGUUCUUUUCCACGGUUACCCUCUCAGCAACCCUGAAGCAGUUCAAGACUAGCCGGUAUUUUCCAACCAAGGUUCGAUCCAUAGUGAGUGACUUUGCUGUUUUUCUCACAAUUCUGUGUAUGGUUUUAAUUGACUAUGCUAUUGGAAUCCCAUCUCCAAAACUGCAAGUACCAAGUGUUUUCAAGCCUACCAGAGAUGACCGUGGCUGGUUUGUUACACCAUUAGGUCCCAAUCCAUGGUGGACAGUAGUAGCUGCUAUUAUUCCUGCGUUGUUGUGUACUAUUCUAAUUUUUAUGGACCAACAGAUCACAGCUGUCAUCAUCAACAGAAAAGAGCAUAAGCUAAAGAAAGGCUGUGGGUACCACCUGGACCUGUUGAUGGUGGCCAUCAUGCUUGGGGUGUGCUCCAUCAUGGGUCUGCCAUGGUUUGUGGCUGCCACCGUCCUCUCCAUCACUCAUGUCAACAGCCUGAAACUGGAAUCAGAAUGCUCUGCUCCAGGAGAACAACCCAAAUUUCUCGGCAUUCGGGAACAAAGGGUUACUGGACUUAUGAUUUUUAUUCUUAUGGGUUCAUCAGUCUUUAUGACAAGUAUUCUGAAGUUUAUUCCCAUGCCAGUGCUCUAUGGAGUGUUUCUUUAUAUGGGUGCUUCAUCUCUAAAGGGAAUCCAGCUCUUUGAUAGAAUAAAGCUCUUCUGGAUGCCUGCAAAACAUCAACCAGAUUUUAUAUAUCUAAGGCAUGUGCCCCUUCGAAAAGUCCAUCUCUUCACAGUUAUUCAGAUGAGUUGCCUUGGCCUUUUAUGGAUAAUAAAAGUUUCAAGAGCUGCUAUCGUCUUUCCUAUGAUGGUUUUAGCCCUGGUAUUCGUAAGAAAGUUGAUGGACUUCUUAUUUACCAAACGGGAACUCAGCUGGUUGGAUGACUUAAUGCCAGAGAGUAAGAAAAAGAAACUGGAAGAUGCCGAAAAAGAAGAAGAACAAAGUAUGCUGGCCAUGGAAGAUGAGGGCACAGUGCAACUCCCAUUGGAAGGGCACUACAGAGAUGACCCAGCUGUGAUCAAUAUUUCUGAUGAAAUGUCAAAGACAGCCUUGUGGAGGAACCUUCUGAUUACUGCCGAUAGCUCCAAAGAUAAGGAGUCAAGCUUUCCUUCUAAAAGCUCCCCUUCCUAAUCACUCUAGAAGCUGCUUCCCCAAAGCACCGAAAGCCGAAAUGAGAAGAAAGCUGACUCAGGGAAAGGUGUUGACAGGGAGACUUGUCUAUGACUGAUCUUCAAUUUAUUUUUUACAUAAAUAUGAGAAGAGUGUCACAAUUAUUAAUACAUCUGCUUUGAUCAUGUAUUGUAAAUUCUGUCUCUCAUCCCAAAUCCACCUCCAUACUGUAAGUAGUGCAAUACUUGUUUCAUUUUUGUGUUUAAGCUUCUGAGCAGUGAGACACUGUUGUGAACAGAUACAAUAGCUAAUGCAAGAAUCUUUGUGUUCUUUGCUGUAUGUUAGACAUUUGUAAACACUGGAUUCUCAUUGUAAGCUUUAUGAGAGCAGUAGCUUUCUUAAAGAGAUAAGUCAUAUUUACCUAGUUUGUAUUUUCCUACGUUAGUGACCUGAAGAUGCCUGAUAAUUUCAUUCAGAAGAAUUUUGAAAUGUAGUAUUAAUUCUUUUUAUUUUUUCUAGCUUAGCAUUAGUUACUUAUUUCAGAAGACCCAAAUCAAAAAGGUAGUUUGAAAGCAUUUUUUAAAAAAUUGUAUUUAUGCAUUUCCUUGAUUUAAUAUGAUACAUUUAAUACUUAAGAAUUUAUAUGGAACUGAAACUUAGAGUCGUUUGAAAAAAAUACGUAGAAACCUGUUCACAACCUGUUAAAGAGAAUCAGACACCGAUAUUAAGAGUCAAGAAAUAUUUGCUGAAAAUUCAAGUCAUGAGUACGUGAACAAAUAUUAGGCUUCUAGGAGAUGCUUUAGAAAAACUUUGUAAACAUUUUUUGGGAUUUUCAAUAUAAACCUUUAUCAGAUACAUGAUGCUAAAUUUCCCUCCCAUUGACAAUAGAUGUUCCUUAAGUAAACCUAUUCCAUACAUACUCAUGGAAUACCACAUGGUGAAUUGUUGUACAUGAAAUUCCACCUCUGUACAGUUGUUCUGCUGCUAAUGGUCAUAUACUAUACUGCUUGAUACCGGUCCCAAAUCAUGUUCUAAUGUUAAACAAACAGGUUUCCAAUUGUAAUUUUUUUCUUUCAAAGAUCUUUUUCCACUUUUUAAUUAAAUGCAUGCUGUGGAAAAACAAUCUUUUAAAUGGAAAUUUAAGAUUCUAUUUGAGAAGGCUCUGUAGAUAUUUCAAUACAUGUGAAAUAAUCCAUCUUUACUCAGCUUGUAUAAGAGGAAGCAAAGUUAAGAAUUUUGAGCAUUAUUAAAAAUAUGAUAUUUUAUUUCAUUUUAGAUGAAGUUAAUAAGGACUAAAUCUCAUAGUGCUCUUGGUGAUCAGUGGUCAUCAGCCUUAUGAUACUCAGUGUCCAACAUCACAAUAAUUCAGAGCCCAAGGCUUUUACAAACUGUUCAUUAUGUAUUCUGUGUAGAAGUGCACAUGAAAAGUGAAAAAAAUUAUCUUUGUGAUUAAAGUAAUGUGGAAAAUAAACCAAGAAAGCCUUCAUUAGGUUCAACAUUUUGAUAUCUUCUGAAAAAUUGCUCUCACAAUCCUUUAAGGAGCCAUUUUUUUGAUAGAAUGUGAAUCUAAAAAUUAUGGCAUGGAGAAUUUGCCAUUUAAAAAGUUUAUAUUUAUAAAUGCUAAAGAAAAAUACAGAAACUUUCUGUUCCAAAUAUGUUGCCUUUGUGAAUUUCAGAAUAUAGAUACUACAUUGUAAACAUUUCCCUUGUUUUAUGAUUUAGCCAGUCAUUCCCCAAAGCAGUCUCCUAGUGUUUUAAUAUAUUAAUAACUUCUGUUAAAAUGACCAUGCUGAAUUGAGAUUUUCACGUGAUCACCUAUUUCAAUAAGCAAUCAUAUCUAUCUAAUGAAAUUCCAUAUUUCUGAGUAUUUUUAUAGUCAUUUUGUUCUUGUGUGAAUUUUAAUGCUAUCCCUAUGUUAAUUCUAAUAUUUUGAAAUCAUAUAAAAUAUAAGAAAAAAUUAGUGUUAUAUAUUUACUCCUAAUUUCAGAUUCUGGUCAAAAUUACUGAAUAUCUUGAAUGUAAUUUAUUGCAAAGUUUAAGUAAUGUGUAAAUGUGACUAGGAUAUUGUGUUUUUCACAACUAAGAAAUGUUAUGUGAAAAUAAAUAUCAUAACUAAUUUCCUUGUACAUUUUAAAUUGUGAUGCAAUGUGUCUUGUCUUUGUUUUUCCUGUAUGUUAAUCAGUAUAUUGGUGUAGGACAUUUUGACUGCCUGAAAUAUUUAAAUUUAGACACUUCCACAGUUUUAAAAAACGAUGAUGUAGACAUUUCAUGGGUAUUAAAACAAUGUGAAGUUAAUGAACAGAAAAUUAUGAGAACUAGAUGAGGAUGUAUUUCCUUGUUUUUCCAGAGAAUAUUGUUUUGGGUGCAUAUGACACUCUCCUGUGAUAGUAAAAGGUUCCAAGGUCAAUAUUAGGAUUCUUCAUUAUUAGAACUCCUUAGUCUUCUAUUUUUAACCCCCAUGAGGAAAGCAUUUCCUAAAAUUUGUCUCCUUCUUGUUUGCUACAACAGUGAGAUGGGACCAUUAUUUUUUUGUAGCCAUUGGCAAUGUGUUAUAGAGAUAGUAGUAUUCAGAACUCUAACCUACUGGUUACUAUUUUUCUCUUGACCAGGGACUUUACUUUGUAAUUACUACUAUAUAACAGCCUACAACAUUGGGAAACUUUUUUCUUAAUAUUAUCUGAAUAUGUCUUGGGUGUACUUUAAGCCCUUUCUUGAUAGAAAGAAACACUUAACCAAUGAUUCACAAGCCACCUGUAUUUCAACACAAUUCUUAGAUAUUUUAAGAUUUUUCUUGGCUCAUUUAAGUGUGACUGAUUCUGUUUCCUAUCUGCACUGACCUACUAUUGUUUCAGUCUAACUUCAGCCUAUUUACUCCUGGGUGUUUGACUAUGAUUGUACUCCAGAAGAUUCAUUGAGAAAUGGAAUUAAACCAUAAGUUUAUAUGUACUUUCCAUGCAUUUUUGAAGACUCCCUCAUAUGCAUACAUUUUUAAAAAUUGCCCCCAGAUAAACUUACCUUUUAAUUCUAUUUUCUAGGAACUCAUUGAAAUAACCUUGUGUUUUACUAUAAUUGCAAGACUGCUCCCCAAAUUUUUCAAUAUAAAUAUUUCAUAUAUUCAUACAAUGAAAUUAAAUAAGAUUACAACUAUGUGAAAUUUCAUGAGAAUAAUUUGCAUAAUGUGAUGAGUCUCUAAGUAUCUACUUUGAGAGGCUAGCUGUAGUCAGAAACCUUAUAAUCAAGGUAAGACUUUUCAGACCUGUUAUCUAGAUAUUUUCCAUUGGAAGCCGUGGCAAACUGAUAACAGUUGUCCCUCCAAUUUGGUUUCUUGGUAUGUUGAGCCCUACCAUCUGUGCUGGAAUUUUAAAAACAGGAGUAUGAUCCUUGCUUCUAGGGCAGGGUGAGUACAUGGCUAUAAUCUAAUAUGAUUUGUACUGAGCUGGUGAUAUGAUUAAAGUGGUGAGUAACUCAAGGAUAAAACUUUGAGUAAGGCCGAAUUUGAGGAAAAUGUCAUAGAAGAGAUAACAUGAAUUAGGAUAUAAAUGGGGGAGGAAAUGUAUUGCAGGAACUGCAAAGAUUCUAAACCCCAUGUCAGUGUUGAAAUAAACACAACAUAAAAAGUAAAGGUGUAUGGCAUAGCUGGUGGAGCCUGGCAGAGUUCACAUGUGGUACAUUUGGAAUCUGACAAAGAACCCAAUAUGGUGGGGUGUUAGGAGGAGGAUGAAAACUUGUAAGAAAAGUACAAAUAUAAGUUGGAGACAUUAUAAAAGAUGUUAAAUUCUAUACUAAGAUGUUUGAACUAUAACCAUUAAAAACUUUGAGUAAUGGAGAGAUGUGAUUUUUUUGGAAAUAUUGGUCUGGCCGCACAAAAGAGAAUAUACUGUUCAGAGUGGAAUCAUUGCCUUCACAAUCUGCCCUCCGGAAGACUUUUAGGCAAUCAAAUCAACUCCCUGUGAGUGAUCUAGAAAUUUCUAUUGGGAUUAAAAUCAAACAAGCUUGGACAUACUGGAUACUUAACAAGUGACUCCAGCCACAAUAGCUUUAUUAUAAUUUACAUACAUCAUUCUUCUAAAUAAAGAUCAUAUGUGUAUAUGUAUAUGUAUUUAUAGACACACACAUACACACACAAAUAUAGUUGUAUUUGAGGAAACAUUUUUUUUCAAUUUAUUUUAUUUAUUUGAAAGACAGAGUUACAGAGAGAUGUAGAGCCAGAGAGAUAGAGAGAGAGGUCUUCCAUCCGCUGGUUCACUCCCCAAAUGGCCGCAACAGCUGGAGCUGGCCAGGAGCCAGGAGCUUCUUUCAGGUAUCCCACAUGGGUACAGGGGCCCAAGCACUUGGGCCAUCUUCUAAUGUUUUCCCAGGCCAUUGCAGAGAGCUGGAUCAGAAGAGGAGCAGCUGGGACUCAAACUGGCACCCGUAUGGAAUGCUGGCAUUACAGGCGGUGGUUUUACCCGCUACACCACAGCACCAACCCCAAGGAAAUGUUUUGAAAAGCAUAGUGCGAGCUUAGUAAGCCUGAGACAAUGAAGUAAAUCUAAGCUCAAAGUGUAGGACAUGAUGCAACCAAUCUGGACUGUCAUCAGAGUCCAGAAACCACCUUCCACUUCCCACCCUUGCACCUUAAGCUGCUCUUCCAUCCUUCCUGUGGAUCUAGCUUUGUGUUUAGUUCCUCUUGCCUUCUGGUGAGUGUAUUCAUAGG